AUGGCUUUAGAUUUGCUUGGUCGUCAGAAAAUGCCAUUAGAUGGAUCCUCGUCGAAGCAACCUGCGGUCGGCUCUUCCUCGGCUAGUGGAGGUUCCGCCGGGGUUGGUACUACGGCAGGCGUCGUGGGACCAGCUGGAGUUGCUGGGGUUGGUGUGGGAGGAAGUGCCACUGGACCGGCAGUAACGGGUGCGACGGCCGGUUGUGUCAGCGGGACCUCCGUCAUGGGCAAACAGCUAACCGCAAAACGCUCAUUAAAGCUGGGCAGUUUGGCGGAAGACAUAAUGCCUGGAUCGUUGGGAGGAGGCGAGGAACCGUUCCGAGCACGACUGCAUCAUCUGUUUUCGCAGAUCGAGAAGGAGUUUGAACUAUUGCAUGUAGAAAACAUGAGCUUGCGUGAAAAGUUGGAAGCUGUCGCUGGAACUCCGCGUGAUUCAACCGUCGGUGAGAGGCUUCCUAUGCAGGACGCAUUCGAGGUGGAUGGAUCGGUAAAUAAGAGCUUCAAAUCGAAGCUUGGCAGUGCAGGCAGCAAAGUAAAGGCGGGCCACAAGCUGCGAGCACAGACGAGUCGCAUCGUUUCAAGCUUCAAGGCUCAGUCCGUCGUCAGUUCGCUAGUGCGCGAAUUCUGCGGCCACAAGGACGGUGUUUGGCAGGUCAGCACGAAAGCCGGUCAGCCUAUCAUCGGCACCGCUUCGGCCGAUCACAGUGCAUGCAUUUGGGGCAUCGAUACGGGACGAUGUCUGCUGCAAUAUCAGGGCCACAGUGGAUCGGUCAACUCGAUCAAGUUUCAUCCGACGCGUGACAUUGUGCUGACUGGCAGUGGAGAUGCCACCGCUCAAAUAUGGCAAGCUGCCGUGAACUGGGAGGUACCGGCACGAAAGGGUCAUUCCUCGGAGGAGGAACUCGAAGAAGAGGAGGAAGGACCGUACGAAGAAAAGGAACGGAUUGAUGUGUUGCGGACGCCGUUGUGUGAAUUUUCCGGCCCCGGAGGACAUACGGCGGUGGUGGUAGCAGCCGACUGGCUACCCGGUGGAGAUCAGGUCAUAACGGCCAGCUGGGAUCGGACAGCGAUUCUGUGGGACGUGGAAACACGGGAGCCGUUGCAUCCACUGUGCGGCCACGAUCACGAGCUGACCCACGCGUCGGCCCAUCCGAGCCAACGGCUCGUUGUGACUGCUUCACGCGAUUCCACUUUCCGGCUGUGGGAUUUCCGUGACCCCAUUCCGGCGGUUUCAGUUUUCCAAGGACACACUGAAAAUGUAACCUCUACAGUAUUCACACGUGAUGACAAGGUAGUCUCCGGAUCAGAUGACCGUUCGGUGAAGGUAUGGGAGCUGCGUAACAUGCGGUCUGCGCUUACAACCAUCCGCACGGAUUCCGCCGUGAAUCGGUUGGCCGUGUCGGCCAGCGGUGUGAUCGCCAUCCCGCACGAUAAUCGCCAUAUUCGGCUGUUCGAUCUGAACGGACAGCGCAUUGCCCGGUUACCCCGUACGAGCCGCCAAGGCCAUCGACGUAUGGUAUCCGCGGUCGCCUGGACCGAGGAUAUCAGCUCAAACUGCAAUCUCUUCUCGAGCGGUUUCGAUCGGCGAGUGUUAGGCUGGGGCGUUUGCUUGCCACCCAAAGACAACUGA